AUGGAUGAACCAUGCGAUGAAGAUAUCAUCACCAAGAUAAAAGAAUCCAGAAGGGCGAACAUUGUUGUUACUGUUACACCUGAGAAUUCCGACACAGAUGAAGAGCCAUUAAAUGAAGAAGAGGCAAAAGAGAUGACAUUGACCAAUCCAAUGCCCAGGUUCUCGAUUUCAAUAUUCAUCAGGAUGCAUCCAAAGCUCCAGCUCCGAUCAUUGUGCAACUUCACAUAUGAACAUUUGGAAUACCUCGCUGACAUUAUUGAAUCCAACUGUGGAAGGGCCAGAAGAGGAAGGAAGGUCAAAUUUUCAACAAUCGAGUCUCUCUUCCUCACGCUCACAUAUUACUGCACAUACUUGCCCUAUUCAGCAUUAUGUCCGUUGCUACAUCUUUCCCAGUCAUGCUAUUCCAAAUUAGUUACAAGAACUACCAAUGUUGCAUUUCCAAUCUUUGAGAGCUAUUUUCUUCCCAAUCACUGUCCACCGUUAACUUCAAUGAAGAACAAAUUUACAAACUUCCCUGAUGCUGUUGCAGCUGUAGACAGCACUACAAUUCCUUUCAACAUCCCUUCGGUAAAGGAAGAGAGGCUUUAUAGUUGA